AUGCAUCUAUGGAGAAUCCGGUCACGGCGCCAUUUUCCUAACCUUAAAAUUGUUUCAUUUCACUCUCACGAAAUCAAGAUUUCCCCACAGCAAGAAAACCCAUCAGCAGCAGAAGCCAACGAAAUCGAAAGCAUCGGUGUUUCCAACACCACCCACUGGACAAGAUGCAUCCACAAGCUAUGCACCGUCGACGGAGACGCCGACGCCGCCAUCCGCCUUCUGCAUCAGCUCCGCACCCGCGGAUACGAACUCGACUCCCUCAACAUCAGCAGCAUCAUCCAUGCCCUCUGCCACGUCAGACGCUUUGAAGAAGCCCACCACCAUUUUCUCGACUUCAUCUCCUCCAAUUGUGCCCCCGACGAGCGCACCUGCAACGUCCUCAUCGCGCGCCUCCUCAACGGAGGACAUCCCCACCGCACGUUGGCUGUGAUAAAGGCCUUGGUCACCGAGAAGCCGGAGUUUGUGCCGUCUUUGGUGAAUUACAAUCGUUUGAUUGAUGGAUUGUGUAAAUUGGGGAGAUUGGAAUCCGCGCAUUUGAUGUUUUACCAAAUGUUAUCGAGUGGGCAUUGCCCUAGUGUUGUCUCGUAUACUACUUUGAUUCAUGGGUAUUGUGAGAUUGGGAAUAUGGACGCUGCCCAGAAGGUGCUCGAUGAAAUGUCUGAGAGGGGCGUGCGUCCUAAUGCGUUUGCUUACUGUGCUUUACUUGGAUUGGUAUUGAGGAAAAGGGAGUUUGAGAAAGCGAAUGUCUUGAUUGGAAAAUUUUGGGAGGUCAUGGAAUCCACCUUUGAUGUUAAAAUUAACAAUGCAGCAUUUAGCAAUGUGAUUGAUUAUUUGUGUAGAGAAGGGUUGUUUCAUGAGGUGUUUAACAUAGCAGAACAUAUGCCGCAACUCAGGAACGUUCACCAAGAGUUCUCUUACGGGCAAAUGAUCGAUUCACUGUGUAGGUCUGAGAGGUAUAAUGGUGCUGCCAGAAUUGUUUAUAUCAUGAGAAAGAGGGGUUUUUCUCCAAGUUCAGUUUCAUAUAAUUCAAUUGUUCAUGGUCUAUGCAAGGAUGGUGAUUUCUUGAGAGCUUUUCAGUUGCUUGAAGAAGGUAUAAGUCUUGGUUACUCUCCCUCCGAGUUUACUUAUGCAAUCUUGGUUGAGGGUCUAUGCCAGGAAUGUGAAGUAGCUAAAGCUAACCAAGUGCUAAACGUGAUGUUGAGUAAGCAGCAUGUGGAUGGGACUAGGAUAUACAAUAUCUAUUUGAGGGCUCUUUGUCGAAUGAAAAACCCUUCAGAGCUUCUAAACGUGCUUGUUUUGAUGCUGCAAUCGAACUGCCCGCCUGAUAUAAUUAGCCUGAAUACUUUGAUAAAGGGCUUUUGCAUGAUGGGAAAGAUGGAAGAGGCUUUGCAGGUGCUUAAUGAUAUGAUCAAGGGUAAAUUUUGUGCCCCGGAUAAGGUGACCUUCACUACUAUUAUUCAGGGGCUUCUAAACGUUGGUAAGGCUGAAGAAGCAAUGAGAUUCUUGCAUCAUGUCAUGCCGGAGAAAGGGUUUUCCCCAGGUGUCGUGACAUACAAUGCUGUGCUUCGUGGAUUGGUUAAACUCGGCCAAGCCAGAGAAGCUAUGGAACUUUUCAAUAAUAUGAUCUGCCGUGGGGUGGCUGCUGAUUGUUUGACUCACACUAUUAUAAUUGAAGGGCUGUGUGAGUCUAACUCGAUUGAUGAUGCUGUGAAAUUUUGGAGCAAUGUCGUUUGGCCUUCUGCAGUUCAUGACAGUUUCGUGUACUCUGCUCUGCUUAAAGGGCUUUGUCGUUCAGAGAGGUUUAGUGAGGCGUGUCACUUGCUGUAUGAACUGGUGGAUUGUGGAGUUGCUCUUAAUAAUGUGAAUUACAACAUUGUGAUUGAUUGUGCAUGCAAGUUAGGAUUAAAGAAGGAAGCUUAUCAGAUUGUGGGCGAGAUGAGGAAAAAUGGCUUGAGGCCCGACUCAGUAACGUGGAGAAUACUGGAUAAAUUGCAGGGUGCAGUUGCGAAGACAGCAUCAUCUGCUAGGCUAGCUGAACAGUUGUGAGGAUUGUGCGUUAAGAGAUGAAAACCAUGUUCAUCUGUAUCAAGGCCCGUAUGAGAUCAUAUGAAAAUGCUACUCAAAGAACUUUCUCACUCUUGAUCUUGUCAAUUUAGCAAGCUCUGAGCUCUUCCUUGUUUGAUGAUAGGAGAUGUUUAUUUAGUUUGAAAGGCUUUCUUUGUUCGAUAUUUUGUUGGAGUUGCCAUUGCAAGAUCCAUGUAAAAUUGGAGCAUUUGAGUGGGUAAGAUAAAGACCGUUGCUUUGACCAA